GAGCGGUUUGUGGGAGAUCAGAACCGGAGUAAACAGCGGAGCUGAGCUCAAACAGAAGAACAGGAGCAGGGUUCAGACUGUAGAACAGAUACACAGAGCUCUCACUGGAGUACCCGAGUCACUGACACCGCCGGACACACCAGAGACCCGCGUCUCCGAGCUCGACUCACCGACACCGUGUGGAUAUAUAUAUAUAUAUAUAUAUACACAUCGCCUAGAGUAGAGAGCCCGCGCGUUGUGUUCACGAUGCGCCUGGUCCAGAACAUGAGCACAAUAGCGGAGUACCCCGCCGCCUCAGACUGCACCACCAGCCGCGUCCUCAAGAUAGCCGUGAUCGGGGGCAGCGGAGUCGGCAAGACCGCUCUUGUGGUUCGUUUCCUCACCAAACGCUUCAUUGGUGACUACGAGAGAAACGCUGGAAACCUGUACUCCAGAGAGGUCCAGCUCGAUGGAGACCAAGUGGCGAUUCAGGUUCAGGACACCCCUGGAGUUCAAGUAAAUGCCAACGGCCUUAGCUGCACUGAUCACGUGACCCGUUCCAUUCAGUGGGCCGAUGCUGUAGUAAUGGUGUACUCUGUGACGGACCACCGCAGCUUCGACCUAAUCAGCCAGCUCCACCAGCUGGUAAGCAAUGCCCACGGCGAACGCUCCAACAUCCCGCCCAUCAUCCUGCUGGCCAACAAGGCAGACCUUCUGCAUGUGAGGCGGGUAGACGCACAGCAGGGACCCCUCCUUGCCUCGGCGCUUGGCUGCUUCUUCUACGAGGUGUCGGCCAGUGAAGAUUACAGUCAGGUGCAUGGUGCCUUCCACAGGCUGUGCAGGGAGCUGGCCAAACAGCAGCCGCUGCCCUCCCAGCCGUCAGUGACUACUGUGGGGUCAGAAAAGAGGAGGUCUCCCCUCAUCCCCAGACCAAAGUCACCCAACAUGCAGGACUUAAAGAGGCGCUUCAAGCAGGCUCUUUCCGCCAAGGUGCGGACGGUGACAUCCGUGUGAAGAUUGAAUAUGGAGACUUGGCCUGGAUGUGGGCCAGAGAAGACUGAAAAGCAAGAGGUCAAUGGAGGGAGCUCAGCAGAGGACAGGAAGAGGAGGCUCAAAAAGCUGAAGCAGUGGUGAGUUUUCCACUUGUUCCUCAGAAGCUCGGUCGCUGAUCAGCAGGCCACUUCCUAAAGAAGGUAGCUGAACUUUGACCUCCAAGCUCAACAGCCACUGUUGACCUUCGACUUGUGAACUUUCUUGCUGGUGGACAAUCCACCUGUGCUGCUGUCAAUCACGGAAGAGCAGAUGCAGCAGGAUGCUGGGAACAGGUGCCAGAAGCUGCCUUAAAAUGGGAAGAAUGCAAAAGAUGCUCAAGACUGAAUGAAAGUUAAUGUACGCACACACUGCUUUAUAACUGUGGACACUUCUCCUUGCAACAGGGCUUGUGAAGGACAAAGCUCUUGAGUAUUUUUAGUGACUGUUAUAAAAGGGGAGUGAGUAAUUUUAUUUCUUUUUUUUUUUUUUCUUCAGUCAAGGCUUUCACGCUCCCAGCAGAGGUGAACUGAAAGCGGGCAUUGUUAAAGUGAGGCAGUAAAGUUUAAAUGCACAAAACGUGUGCUUUGCUUUUCACUCACUCACUCACUCACUGUGUACAUUUGUUGGUUCUGUGUAAAAAUCGGAUUUGUGCCAAAUUGUAUUUUCUUUUUCUUUCUAAAUGCACUUUAAAUCAAGCCAAAGGGCUAAGGUUCAUUAUUUAUUGGUUGCAGUCAAAAAUACUGUGGUUGAGAAAAAUAAAACUGUGUGAAUGAA